AUGUCGGUCCACUCCGGCAUCAUCGGCGGCCUGCCGUCGUCGAAGCUCUUUAGCUUCCCUCCGCAUAACCCGGCGCCGCCUGUGCCACCGGCCCCCGUUUCUACCCUUUCCGUCAUGCGGCCCUUCAACAUUCCUGACGGCCUCUUCCUCGGUGCCCUUGACGCCCGCGUGCCCAUCACCAUUGCCGCUACGUACGCUGUCACCGUUAAGCUGCUCAAUCGCUACAACCGCGCCCAUAACAAGCAGCCCUGGGCCAUUUCCAAGACGGCCGUCUUUCGCUUCUUCGUCGUCGUCCACAACAUUUUCCUCGCCGUCUAUUCGGCCUGGACCUUUUACGGCAUGCUUGGCGGCAUGCGCAAGAGCAUAGUCAACCCCUUUGGCCCGGGCGGGCUCGCCGCCACCGCCGACAGCGCCUGCCGCCUUCAUGGCGCUCCUGGUCUUGGCAACUCGGUCUACUUUAACGAGCACCUCACCCGCUUUGAGAGUGCUGGUCCAGACACUCCCGCCGGCGUCGUUGACGCCGUCACCGGUCUACCUAACGGUCAACAGGGAGGUCGCAUCUGGAACGAGGGCCUCGCCUACUACGGUUGGAUCUUUUACCUGAGCAAGUUUUACGAGGUCCUUGACACCUUCAUCAUCCUGGCCAAGGGCAAGCCCAGCUCCACGCUGCAGACCUACCACCACGCCGGCGCCAUGCUCUGCAUGUGGGCGGGCAUGCGCUACAUGUCUGCGCCCAUCUGGAUUUUUGUCCAGUUUAACUCGUUCAUCCACGCUCUGAUGUACACUUACUACACCGUGACGGCCUUCAACAUCCGCGUCCCAGUCUUCAUCAAGCGCAGCCUAACCAGCAUGCAAAUCACGCAGUUCCUCGUCGGCGCGUCCCUUGCCAUGUGCCACUCCUUUGUCUAUUACUUUGCACCGGCCGCUGCCUCGACCUCGACCUCGACCCCGACAUCGGACGCGGCCGGUGCCGUCGAGUCGGUCCGCGCGCUGCUAUUCGGCUCCGGCGCCGACGCCCGCCGCAUCAAGACCAUUGUCGACCAGAACGUUUCGUACGUUUCGCAGCCGUGCAUCGUCAGCUCUGGUGAGACCUUUGCUAUCUGGCUCAACGUCGUGUACCUUGCGCCCCUCACCUACCUCUUUGUCAGCUUCUUCAUCGCCAGCUACGUCAAGCGCAGCAACGCCGCUAAUAAGUUUGCCGGCAAGGGCGCCGCGGCGCGCCGUCUCAGCAAUGUCAACGUCGACGUCGCUCUCGCGGAAAAGGCUGGUUGGGAUGCCGCCCGCGGCCUGGAGCGUGAGGUGUACGGCGGUGAGCGCAUGGUGCGCAGCAGCGAUAACAGCCCUACGCGCGAGGAGGUCACUGCUCGCCGCACCACCAGGCGUCGAGGCUAA